UAUAGAUCCAAAGAACGACCCAUAACUCCAUAAGACUUAGACGCUUGUCUUUCUUUCUCUUCAACAUAUCCAAAGUAUUUAGGGAAACCUCUAUUAGCCAAGAUCAAAAAGAGCUAAAGAGAGAGAUUUAAACAAAGAAAGAAAGUGAGAACCCUCGUUGCAAAAAUCCAAUCUUAGAGUCUAACUAGUUACCAUCUAGCUUUCACACACUAUACAAAAAUUCCAAUCUUAGACCAUGUGCAUUGGCGUCUUUUUGAGCCGUCCCCCCUAUUUUUUGUUUUAAAAAUAAAUGAAAAAUGGCUCAUUAACGAAGAAACGUAUCUUCAAAGGGGACGUUUUUCCGUCCGUCGACUUGGCCACGUGGUUGUUUGUGAUUGGAAGAAACCUAAUGCUUCUUUCUUCUUCGCCUCCUCCUCUUCUUCUUCUUCAUCUCUCAUCUCCGUCUCAGGGAGAGUGUUCACUUCCCCUUCAGCUCUUCGCUUCUUUCUUCUUCAUCCUCCUCAUCUUCUGUAUCCAAGAAGCUAUGGAGAAGAGCUUCGCUUCCUCCACCGCUCUCAAAACUGUGACCGAUCCGACGGCUUUGAUCUCCCCGCCGAUUCCGCCUUGCGAGGAUAAGUUCUUCGUGAAUCUCCCUUGCUAUGACUUUGUCUGGAGUGGGAAUCGCAGUCCUAGGGCGACGCGAUGAAGAACAAUCCAGGAAGACCGAUUCCGACUGAGAAGGUGGAUUUAUAUUAUAUCAUCGAUUCGUUUUGAUAUUGUCAAUUUUGAGUAAUUUAAGUGGAAUUUAGAUGGUGUAUAGGUUGGAAUUUAGAUGGUGGUAUUGUGAAUUUAGAUGGUGGUGUUGUGAAUUUGUGUGUACCGGUAUUCAAACUAAUUCAACUCCGGAAAUGAAUAGAGGAAGAUCCAAGAUUUAACUGGAUUGUUGGAUUUAACGAGUUUCCUCACCCAACUAUUGAUGCUAUCGUUGCAUUAGACUCAAUAGGACCGACUUUUUUCCUUGUUGUUUCCAUGUUUGGUUUUGUUCUUCAAAUCAGUUCUUUGAUUACCGAGAAAGAGCUUAAACGCCAGGCAAUGACGAUGAUGGGUGUUUUUGACACUGCUUAUUGGUUGUCAUGGCUUACAUUGGAAGGAAAAGUGAUAUUUACAACGUUGGUUUAUUAUUGACUUUCUCUCAGUACUUCCUGCCCCUCAGAUUGUAGUUUGGAGGUUCUUGCAAAGUUCAAAUUGGUCGGAUGUAUUGGCUACAAAGCAGGCCUUGCUUUUCAUUGUUUUGGUUCAGUAUAUACCACGAUUCCUACGCGUCUUACCUUUGACAUCAGAAUUGAAAAGGACUGCAGGUGUCUUUGCGGAAACUGCUUGGGCUGGCGCUGCUUAUUAUCUGCUUUUAUAUAUGCUUGCAAGUCAUGUGAGUGUAUAGCUUUCUCUCUUUAUAAUUUACAUUGCUCUUUUUGUUCAAUACUUGCCCAUUAUACCAUGAGUUAUGUGACAGUGGCAAUAAAAGGGCAAAACCAGGAAAUAGUUUCAUUUCUGUUUCAUACUUUCAUUGUUGUGAGCUUAUGUUCAAAUAUUCAGUUUCAUAAGACAUGUAAAGUAUCUUUCAAAUAGACACCAAUGCUCCUACCAAAAAUAAGAACCUUUCAAAAUAAUACUAUUAAAUUUGAGGGACCAAAAAUUGUCCUACACCAAUGCCCAUGCUCUUAGAGUCUUACUAGUUACUUUAUAGCUCACACACACACACACACACACACACAGAGUACUAUUUCGACGUGUACACUAUAUAGGGAGAGAAAAAAAGAAGGAAACAUAUAUAGGAGACGAUCAAGAACGUGUGUGUGAAUAUGGGUAGACCACCUUGCUGUGAAAAGAUCGAGGUGAAGAAAGGACCAUGGACUCCCGAAGAAGACAUAAUCUUGGUCUCUUAUAUCCAACAACACGGCCCUGGAAACUGGAGAUCUGUUCCAACAAACACUGGUUUGCUAAGGUGUAGCAAGAGUUGUAGACUCAGAUGGACUAAUUAUCUUCGUCCUGGGAUCAGACGAGGCAAUUUCACUCAAUCUGAAGAGAAGAUGAUCAUCCACCUCCAAGCUCUUUUGGGUAAUAGAUGGGCAGCUAUAGCAUCAUAUCUACCUCAGAGGACCGACAAUGAUAUCAAGAACUUUUGGAACACUCAUUUAAAAAAGAAACUCGUGACUAUGAAGCUUCGAAACGGCAUCAACGAAGACAAAACCAAUAUGGCGGCGACAGAUACUGCAUCUUGUAAUAACAACAACAAUAGAUGUAAUCACAACAAAAGGACAACCAACAAAGGGCAAUGGGAGAAAAAGCUUCAAACAGACAUCAACAUGGCCAAACAAGCCUUAUUCCAAGCCUUAUCACUUGACCAACCAUCUUCAUCGAUCCCUCUCGAUCCGGAAUCACCAAAACCUCAUCAUCAUUCUGCCACCACUACUUAUGCCUCAAAUACAGAGAAUAUCUCUAAGUUACUUCAGAACUGGAAAAGCUCACCAUCUUCAAGGCCCAACACUUCAUCACGAUCCAUCAACAAGAGCUCAAGCACCGGUGAAGAAGGAGUUUUUGAUCAUCACUCUUUGUUCUCAUCGAACUCAGAAUCUGGAUCAGUUGAUGAGAAGCUGAAUUUGAUGUCGGAGACAAGCAUGUUCCAAGGUGAGAGCAAGCCAACCAUAGACCUUGAAGCUACUACUGAUAGUCAAGGCUCGUUGUCUUUGAUCGAGAAAUGGUUGUUUGAUGAUCAAGGCUUGGUCCAGUGUGAAGAUAAUAAUCAAGAAAAUAUCAUUGAUGUGUCGUUAGAGGGUAAAAAUAAUGAUGACAGCAGUCCAGAUUUAUUCUAAGAAAUAAAACAUGAAACAACUGUAUAGGUUUACUUCUAUUUCUUUCUUUUGUCUCUGUUCGCUAUGAUUUUUAGUUAUAAUUUAUUUUACUGUGUGGCUUGCUUGUUGUCAAGUCGUUAAAGAUAAAA